AUGAACACCAGCCGGGCUUACACUGCUCGAUGGGGCAUUCUUGCGACUGGCGGGUAAGUCAGCGAGUAUCGGUCAGCAUCUCAUGUUCCUCAUUACUGACACCUUUGCCAACACUUCAUUGACGCAGCAUCGCCAAAAAGUUUGCAGGCGAUCUGUUGGUGGACCCAGCAACAAGGGACGCGCAGGACGUUUGUCACCAAAUCGUAGCCGUCGCUUCAUCCUCCUCUGCCGAGCGAGCUCAGGCUUUCAUAGAGUCUGAUCUUGAAUGGGCAGCCAGAAAUAAAGCGGAGAAGCCUCACGCAUAUGGCAGUUAUGAGGAAAUGUUGAAGGACAAGCAGGUACAAAUCGUGUACGUUGCCACGCCCCACAGCCAUCAUUACGCAAAUGUCCUGCAAUGCUUGGAUGCGGGCAAGCAUGUAUGCUGCGAGGUGAGAGUGCUCGGUGCAGAGGCGCUGACUUUUAACUCUGCUACUGACUCGCACGUGGUAUGUCCUGCAGAAACCUUUCACCAUCAAUGCAAUGCAGACCAAGCAUCUGGUCGACGUUGCUCGCUCAAAGGUGAGCUUGAAGUGAAUGAGCGCGAAGGGCUCCAGCUGAUCGGCUGCCUGCGCUCCGUCACCCUUUCGCAGAAAUUGUUCCUAAUGGAGGCCAUGUGGAUCCGCUUCUUUCCCAUAGUGCGAGAGAUUCAGCGCCUGCUUCACCAGGAGAAAGUGCUCGGAAAGCUGCAUCGCGCUCAUUCGGAGCUCGGUGUCCACUUCGACAACGCCACACUGGAGCACAGGCUGCUCAAUCCGGAGUUGGGAGGUGGCGCUCUGCUGGAUUUGGGCAUUUAUCCGCUCACCUGGCAGCUUCUCACCUUGUUUGAGGAUCCCAGGUAAGUUGAAUGUCGCGUUUCGUGCGUGCGGCCCCGGCUGACCGGUCCGUACUCACAGCAACGAGCGUCAAGCUCCCAGAAUCACUUCAAACGUCCUUAAGCAUCCCGUCACUGGCGUCGACGAAUUUACUUCUUUGAUUUUCAAUUUCGAAAAGGGUCACACGCAAGGAAUAAUGACUGCAAACGUGAGCCCAGUUCACGAGCACUUCACAGAUCUGGCGGCGAGACUGACUGAACCCCUUCCCCUCGCGUCGCGGCGCCCGCCACCUGCGACGACAGUUUACAGUGCGCACCCACUCUCAGCAGCACACGCUGAUCCAAGGAGAGAAGGGUGACUUGACGGUUCACUGGGCUCCUUUCAGACCGACCGCCUUCACCAUUACCCUGCGUAAGAAUUCGGACGAACUUGGCGAGCCGAAGACGACAGAGUUUGACAUUCCAGGCGGCCAUGGGUGAGUCGGUUGAACGGAAUGGCAGCGCCGUCUCCAUCCGUAGCAAAGUCUGGCACUUGGUGACCUCAUUCCGCUCGUUCGCCCAUCAUGCAGCAUGUUCUGGGUGGGUUCCGAGCUACUUCCAUGUCACAUACAUCGAGUCCGGCUGACAGGCACCUACUGCAUCUCACAGGAAGCCGAUGCUUGCGCCAGGGCCCUCAGAGACGGCAAAUUUGAGGCGGACCUGCAUCCACUUUGUAAGCAUCAUCGACGUGCAUCAUCGUGGACCUCCAUGGCUGACUGACUGUCUCUGCUUCACGUCUUCUAUCUCAGCGAACUCCAUCUUCACCAUGGAGAUCAUGGAUCAAGUGCGAGCGUCCGCCAACUUGAAAUAUCCCCAGUCCAUCGAAGCUGUGCAUAGGUCAUGA